AUGAUCCUUCCAACUCGUACCAUGUCCCCGCCUCAUGGGGCUUUCCAUCCUCCGUCUCACGCACACCCUGACGAGGAACCCGUCUCCCGCACUUAUCAGUACAGAAAAGUUAUGAAGCCGAUGCUUGAAAGAAAGCGACGUGCUCGCAUCAAUCGGUGUCUUGACGAAUUAAAAGAUCUCAUGGUGACUGCUCUUCAAGCUGAAGGUGAAAAUGUGUCAAAGUUAGAAAAGGCUGAUAUAUUGGAGCUCACAGUGCGUCACCUACACAGCCUUAAGCGGAAGGGCCAGCUCGUCUUGAAACCUGAGAUGUCAUAUGCGGAACGUUUCCGCGCCGGAUUUGCGCAGUGUGCUACGGAAGUGUCACAGUUUAUCACGAACGCUACUGUAGCGGCUAAUGCGAUGCAUCGACAGGGUCCAGUGGAUCCGCAAGCCGGUGCCAGACUCUUAAACCACUUGAGCAAUUGUAUAAGGAGGCUGGAGACUCCACCAGUUGUCCAGCCUCAAUUAAUUGCAUCUAAUGGUGUGGCGAGGCCCACGCCACUUCAGGCGAUACCACAGACGGCACAGGCUCCUCAAGUUCUUCAAAGAACUUCGUUGGUGGAACGAGGGGUUAAGAGGCAAGCUGAGGAGCUGAUCGAUGUGGAGGCGAUUAGUACUAAGAGGGCCUACGCGCCGCCCUCGCCGCCGCACAGCCCCGCCUCCGAAACAGACUCCGCCCAGUCGAUGUGGCGGCCGUGG